UUCUUUUCCUCCUCUCCAACUCCCUCCUUUUCCGCCUCCGUCUCUUCUCCCCCUCUCUUUUUGUCUCUCUGAACCGACCGACCGUUCACAAAUUUGGGAAUUUCCCCCGCUUCCCCUGCCCCCCGACGAUCUCCCAAAGAUCUUUUUUCCUCGCCCUUGUUCGCUGCGUUCGAUCUUCCUCCUCGAUCGGAGGAGCAGAUUUCCCCUUCUUACUCGUUAAUACGAUCUCACGGCGUGAUUCGCGCCGGCGGUGGGGGAUUCUAGGGUGUCCGGGUCGGAUCGAUGGCAUGCGCGUUGUUUCCACGGUAAUGUGGAUCGAUUCGUGGGGCCCGGCGGCUUCCGCGGUGGGGAUCCUUAGGGUUCUGAUUCGGGAUGUUGCAUUCUGGAAUCUGGUGGUGCGGGAAUCGGAAUGCGGAGGGUCUGGUGAUUGGGGUUUCGAUUCGGUGGUAAUGUAGGUCCCUAACAUAUUGGGAAUGCGAGGAGAGAAGUUACGGGGGUGGUGAUCUAGGGUUCGGUGUUGGGGGCGGUGGCGCUAAAUCUUUAAAGAUUGGAGGAGCAUUUAUCUGAUCCAUCUAAUUUUGGUUUCGUUGGGAUUGUAGUUCUUGAAUCUUUAAGGAGUCUCUCGGUUGGUCAUACACUAAAAGGUUUCUUUUUUCUUUUAAAUUUUUCUGAAAUAUUCGAGGAUUCUUUGUCUAAAAGAAGCAGCUUUUUUGGGGUUCUUGGAUUGGCUUUUUGUCUGUUUUCUUGUUUGGAUCUUGUCUUUUAUUUUAUAAAUUAUCAUGGAGCAUGUCAUCGGGGGGAAGUUUAAGCUCGGGAGGAAGAUCGGGAGUGGCUCCUUUGGCGAGCUCUAUCUAGGUGUUAAUAUACAGAGUGGAGAAGAAGUAGCCAUCAAAUUGGAAUCUGUGAAGACAAAACAUCCCCAGCUUCACUACGAGUCUAAAUUGUAUAUGCUGCUUCAGGGCGGAACUGGAAUUCCCCACUUGAAGUGGUUUGGUGUGGAGGGAGAUUACAAUGUCAUGGUCAUUGAUCUUCUUGGACCAAGCUUGGAAGAUCUGUUUAAUUAUUGCAACCGGAAAUUUUCAUUGAAAACAGUACUUAUGCUUGCUGAUCAAUUACUUAACCGAGUUGAGUAUAUGCACUCAAGGGGCUUUCUUCACCGUGAUAUUAAACCAGACAAUUUCCUCAUGGGUUUAGGUCGUAAAGCAAAUCAGGUUUAUAUUAUAGACUAUGGCCUCGCAAAAAAAUAUAGAGACCUGCAAACUCAUAGGCACAUACCUUACAGGGAGAACAAGAAUCUUACAGGAACGGCAAGAUAUGCCAGUGUCAAUACUCAUCUUGGAGUUGAACAAAGCAGGAGAGAUGAUUUGGAGUCUCUUGGUUAUGUGCUUAUGUAUUUCCUAAGAGGAAGCCUUCCCUGGCAGGGUUUAAAAGCUGGCACUAAAAAGCAGAAAUACGACAAGAUUAGUGAAAAGAAAAUGCUUACUCCAGUUGAGGUGCUGUGUAAAUCAUAUCCAUCAGAGUUUAUUUCAUACUUCCACUAUUGUCGAUCAUUGCGUUUUGAGGACAAGCCAGAUUAUUCUUAUUUGAAGAGACUUUUCCGUGACCUCUUUGUUCGAGAAGGUUAUCAGUUUGAUUAUGUAUUUGACUGGACCGUAUUGAAGUAUCCCCAGAUUGGUUCCAAUCCUAGAGUGAGACAGCCCAGUGGAAGAACAGGUGGAACUGUUGUACCAUCUGCAGAAAGGGUAGAAAGAACUUCAGCAGGGCAAGAAGUUCGUGAUAGGUUCUCUGGUGCAGUUGAGGCAUUUGCUAGGAGACAUGGUUCAGGUACUGGUCAACAUGGAGAAAAUUUGAAGCACAAAGCUUUGGAGGAUUCAUUGUUAUCACCCAAAGAGGCUGUCCAUGAUUCAGACAAAACCCAUGCAUCCUCUUCUCGAAAUGGCAGCACGUCAAAGAGGGCGGUCAUUUCAAGUAGCCGGCCAAGUUCUUCCGCAGAUCCUAAUGAUCAGCAAUUAAGUCGCACAAGCCGGUUGGUCUCGAGCAGCACCAGCAGCCGUCCAUCCGCCACCCAGAGGCUCCAUCAUUCGGGACCUGAGCCAAGGGUCUCGUCACUCGCUCGAAAGGCCACGGGAAGGGUUUCCCGUGAUGAACCUCCUCACCGAAGCUUUGAGUUCCUCUCGAUCAGUGGCGAUAGGAGGAAGUGAGAAGAAAGCGGUCAAGAGGUCAAUUGAUAAGAAGCGUUGCUGCCCUUUUAAAGGACUCAAUAUUCUUUGGCAUUCCAUCAACAUUUUCAUGAGCAUGUCAUACUAAUUGUCUGCUCAUAUCAUUUUCUACCUAUUGGGGAUGAGAUCUGCCUAAUAGGCAAAAAUAUCCUUCUCAUUGGCAUAUAUAAUUCCCAAUUGGUGGUCAUAAGGUGCUUAAAAGCGUUUCAAUUGGUUGACUAUUGUCAUUGCUUAUUCUUAAGGAUCAAAGGAGCAGUAUGUUCUCAUUCCGAGUCUGCUCGGGCCUUGUGUGUUGUAGGCUCACUACAAGGAUGUGUGUGUUCCCGCAAGAGCGUUAUAUAUGAGACAUAUUCCAAUAAAAUACUGCUUAUGUUUCAUGGUA